AGCUAGGGAACCGGCCGGCAGAGCUGCUGUCGGAGUGGCCCAGUGGAGGGAGUAGGCGGAGCGCCAGCCGGUCUUCCCUGUCCCCUUGAAGUCCCGCCCCCACCCCGUGCGGGCACGCCCAUUUGUCGGCUCGAGAGGGGCGGGGUGUGACAGCCAAUCAGCUGUCCGGCCUGAGGGUGGCACUGGGCAUGCGUGCGGUGGCCUGGCAUCAGCCCUCCAAGGGCUAUAAACACAAACGCAUCGGUACUUGGGCUCCGGGGGAAUGUAAGGCGCCGAGUUCCGGACCUGGAGGUCUGGAAGCCUUUCUGUAGGAGGCGAACCAGAGUAGUUCUGCCUUCUGAAGGGUCUGCCCUUCUUCACCAGGAGGAGGUAGCUUUGUCUCCUUUGCAGAGGAGAUAAUGGCCCCCGGGCUUCUGGCAGCCGAGACCCAAAAGGCAUCAGUGACCUUUGGGGACGUGGCUGUGGACUUUACCCCCGAGGAGUGGGCGCGGUUGGACCUUUCCCAGAAGGAGCUGUACAGGGAGGUGAUGCUGGAAAACUACAGGAACUUGGUCUGCUUGGGACUUGCAGUUUCAAAACCAGAAGUAAUCUGCCAGUUGGAGCAGGGGGGAGAACCUUGGAUUCCUGAAGGAGAAGGCCCAAGAUGUAUGUGUGCAGAUUGGAAGACUCAGCAAGAAUCAAUGGAAUCAUCUCAAAAUCUGGACAUUUCAGUGGAAGAAACAUCACUGGAAAGACUUGUAAUGGAUGGUUCCUUUUUCUCCAAGUUGAGAAAAGCCCGGGAAUGGGAUGCCAGCUUAGAGAGGCAAAAAGACUCCAGGGAGAAACAUUUCUGGCCAGUCAAAACCACGCGAAAGAAACUUGCUGGCAUAUCAAGAAACCAAGAACGUAAUAGGCAUGGUAGAGUCUUUAAUCCUGGGCUAGUGCUUUUCCCGCAGCCAAGAGUAGGAAAGAGUCUCAGUAUGUGUGACACACACAAAACGAGCUUCAGACAGUAUGCAGAUAUAAGAAAAUGGAACGGAAUGUGCUCAAAGAAAACCUUUUCUAACUGUAAUGAAAGCAAGAAAAUUUCGAGGUAUGAUUCAGGCCUUACUGAAAAUUGUAAAAUAUAUACUGGAGAAAGGCUUUUUGAAUUUAAUGAAUGUGGGGAUACUUUCCAUCAGAGCACAGGGCUGACUGAACAUCAAACAAUUCACUGUGGAGGAAAACCUCAUAAAUAUAACAUAUCUGGGAGGGCUGAUAGACUGACAACUUGGUUUACUCAGCAUCAAAGAACUGAUCUAGGAAAGAAACCUUAUGAAUGUAAUAUAUGUAGGGAGGGCUUCAAUCAGAGGGCAGAACUUACUAAGCAUCAGUCAGUUCAUACUGGAGGGAAACUUUAUGAAUUUAAUAAAUGUAGGCAAACUUUCCAGUGGAAGUUAGCUCUUACUCACCAUCAGACAAGCCAUGCUAAUGAAAAAUGUUAUGGAUGUAAUGAAUGUGGGAAAGUAUUCCAUCAGAAGAGAGGACUUAUUCAACAGCAGAGAAGUCAUACUGGAAAGAAACCUUAUGAAUGUAAUGAAUGUGGUAAAGAGUUCUCCCAGCAGGCAGGACUUACUAAACAUCACACAGUUCAUUCUGGGGAGAAACCAUAUGAAUGCAAUCAAUGUGGAAAGGCCUUCCGACUGAAAGACCAGCUUAAUGAACAUCAGAGAAUUCAUACUGGAGAGAAGCCCUAUAAGUGUAAUGAAUGUGGCAAGACUUUCUGCAGGCGUUCUAACCUUAAUGAACAUGAGAGAAUUCAUACCGGUGAGAAACCUUAUGAAUGUAAUGAAUGUGGGCAGACCUUCCCAAGGAGGUCAGCUCUUACCAAACAUCAGAGAAUUCAUAUGGGUAAGAAACCUUAUGAAUGUAAUGAAGAUGAGACAACCUGUAGCCAGAACACAAAACUUACUCAACACCAGAGAAUUCAUCAUGGAGAGAAACAUUAUGAAAGUGACCAGCAACAAACAAUUCCCAAUUGUGAGAAACCUUAUGAAUGUGAUAAAUGUGGGAGAUCCUCCUGCAGGCCGUCAAGCCUUACUGGACAUGAGAGAAUCCAUACUAGUGAGAAACCUUUUGACUGUAAUGAAUGUGGUAAGGCCUUCUGCUGGAAUACGGCUCUUAUUAAACAUCAAAGAAUUCAUGCUGGUAAGAAACCUUCUACAUGUAAUGAAUGUGGAAAGACCUUCAGAUGGAGUACAGCUCUCACUAAACACAGGAGAAUUCAUACUGGCGAGAAACCUUAUAUAUGUAAUGAGUGUGGGAAAGCCUUCUGCAAUCGAUCAAACCUUAUUGAACAUGAGAGAAUUCAUACUGGGGAGAAACCUUAUGAAUGUCAUGACUGUGGGAAGGCCUUUUACUGGAGUACAGCUCUUACUAAACAUCAGCGAAUUCAUACUGGGGAGAAACCUUACGAAUGUCAUGACUGUGGGAAGGCUUUCCGAUGGAGCACAGCUCUUAACAAACAUCAGAGAGUGCAUACAGGUGAAAAGCCUUAUGAAUGUCAUGACUGUGGAAAGGCCUUUUACUGGAGUGCUGCUCUUACUCUCCAUCAGAGAAUUCACACUGGUGAGAAACCUUAUGAAUGCAGUGAAUGUGGAAAGGCCUUCCGCUGGAGUGCAGCUCUUAAUAAACACCAGAGAGUUCAUACUGGUGAGAAACCUUAUGAAUGCAGUGAAUGUGGGAAGGCUUUCUACUGGAGCAUAGCUCUUACUAAACACCAGAGAAGUCAUACUGGUGAAAAACCUUAUGAAUGUAAUGAAUGUGGAAAAGCUUUCCAACUAAAAGGACAACUUAGUCAACAUCAGACAGUUCAUACUGGUGAGAAACCUUAUGAAUGUAGUGAAUGUGGAAAGGCCUUCAGCCGGAAGAUAAGACUUAUUCAACAUCAGAGAAUUCAUACUGGUGAGAAACCAUAUGAAUGUGAUGAAUGUGGAAAGGCUUUCCGACUUAAAGGACAGCUUAAUCAACAUCAGAUAAUUCAUACUGGUGAGAAACCUUAUGAAUGUAAUGAGUGUGGGAAGGCAUUCACCCGAAAGGUUAGACUUAUUCAACAUCAAAGAAUUCAUACUGGUGAGAAACCUUAUGAGUGUAAUGAAUGUGGGAAGGCCUUCCGAAUAAAAGGAAAACUUAGUCAACAUCAAACAAUUCAUGCUUCUAAGAAACUUUAUACAUGUAAUGAAUGUGGGAAGGCCUUCAGUGAGAAGAUAAAACUUAUUCAACAUGAAAGGGUUCAUACUGGCUAGAUUAUAAAUAUGAUGAAUGUGAGGUCUUCCCUUUGAGUACCUCUAUUAUGGAACACCAGAGAAUUCAUACUGGAGAGGAGCCUUGAGUAUAAUGAAUAUGGGAAGGCUUUUAGUCAUGGUUGAGAACUUUAAAAAUAUCAUGGGCUUCAUACUAGAAAGAAAAUUAUAAUUGUUAAAUGUGGAGGGUGGGGGAACUGAGUCUAAUGCCUGUUCACACAACUCAGUAAGCAUAAGAGAAUUCAUGCUGGAAAGAAGUAAAAUGUGGGAGGGAGUGCUUCUUAAUCAAACUCCUUUCUAAAUUUUUAUAGUCAUAUUUUUUAGAAACCUUGUAGAUUUAAUAAACAUGGAAAAUACUUUGUGAGGUCACAUCUUAACUAUAUUUCAAAGAAUUCACUCUGGUGAGAAGCUGCUUAUGGGAAUGCUGCCAGGGGCAGGUCAGAUCUUAAAUUACAAAAGAAAAUUCAUAUGGAAUGUAUUCAAUAUAGGAUGGCUGUCAGUUGGGGUGAAGGGCUUAUGGAGCAAGACAGUUCAUACUGGACAGACCUUAACAAUAUGAUGGACAUGUGGUGGCAUUUCACCUAUGAAGAGCGCGUACUCUAUGUAGCACAGAUCCUUCAUUUCAUAGAUAAAGAAAUGGAAGCCCAGGGAAUCAAACAACUUGCCCGCGGUCACACUAACGUUACUGCAGGAUUUGGACCUAGGUUUUCUGACUCCAGAGCAUUAGAGAAUACAUUCUGGAAAGAAACUUUGUGGAUUUAAUGGUCUGGGAAAGGCUUUGCUCCAGAGAAAACACUCAGCACCAUUUUGAAGUAAGGAUUAAAAACUGUAUUCAUAUAGUGAAGAUGGAGAGCCAAAACAUGAAAGUAAUUCAUCAUCUAAUAGUUCAUGUGGGGAGGUCUCAUGAACUUCAAAAAAGUGAGAAGCAUUUCAGCCAGAUUACUAUCUGUGGUAGGGAUGAUAUUUCCUGGGGACUGCCAUGUCAUCUAUACUAGCUUUUCUUAAAGCCUUACCCCAUGCAUGUUAUAUCAGUUCUUUUCCUUAAGAGUUACUGAAACACUCCCCUAGUCUGGAAUGCCUAAGGAUACUGGUUCAGGUCAUUGGCAUAGCUUCCUGGUCACCCUCAUACAAAGCCCAGGAGGAGCUUCGCCUCCCUUUCAGAGGUUUCUGACUUUGAACCAAUAGCAUGAUCAACACCAGGAAGCUGAAUUCAGUUGAAUCAGUUCUGAACACCCUAUAGAAUAUCCUUCCUCAGCUAGUGGCUAAGUAAACCUUUUGUGACUUGCUGAGGGAACUACAAGUCUCAUUUUGUUUUAGCAUUAGACUUAAGCUAUGAAAGGACCAGCCUGAGGUGGACCUGACCAAUGAUACCAGCCUUUGCUGAAAAUUUGAGCAUUGAAAUUCAAGGGAAACCCUAUGGAUCAGUGGUUAGCAAACUACAUCCCAAAGGUCAAAUCUGGCCCACAUAGUUUUAGACCCCCCUGUAUUUUAAGAAAAACCUUUCAACAAAAUCAUUCUUAGCUCACAGGCUGUGAAAAAUAGGUGGUGGGCCAUAGUUUGUUUACCCUUGCUAUAAAUGAAGCAGACCCCUCUAUUGUAGAUUGUAGCAUAUGUACUUUAUAUAUUAUGUUAUAGUGGCUAUUUCAAACAUUUUCCUCCUCAAAUCCCAAAACACUUCCCAAUCACAACCCCCAAACUUACAACACCCAAUUUAGAGUCAUAAUUACUGAAGAAAUUGGGGGCAUUCACAUGGAAGCCCACUUCCUGAGCUCUGCUAUUUUAAAAAUUCUGAAAAUUGUCAAGUAU